GUCUCCUUCCACUUCUCCGUUCGUCUCUCUGUUUACUCUCUCCGUCCGUAUUUCUCUCUCCCAAACUCGUGUCUCUCUGUCUCGAACGCUCUGUUUGUCCCCUCUGCGGGUACCGCCGUCGUGACCAGUGAAGGCCGCUGCAUCACACGCACAGCUGCGCCGCACCACUACAUUUUUGUUGCACUACCCCGUCACCAAAUCCAGCCAGCCACCGCCGCAAGAUUGGGCGUGACAAUUCAACAAAAACUUUCUAAAACCCUAGUGAUAGGUUUGAAGAGGUUGAAGAGGUUUAGAAUGGAGGAGCAAAAGCUGAGAAGCGUGCCUGUGCUGCCAUGGAUGCGUAGCCCUGUUGAUUUUAGUCUCUUCGAGGAGUGCCCACUCGAUCUCCUUCCUUUCCUCGAUUCCAGGUUGAAGGUGCCUCUCCAUAAUAUGGGCAUAUCUUCCCUCUUCCCAGUGCAAGUUGCAGUUUGGCAAGAGACAAUUGGGCCAGGUGAUUUUGAACGGGACCUCUGCAUAAAUUCUCCAACUGGAAGUGGGAAAACUUUAGCUUAUGCUUUGCCAAUAGUGCAAAAGCUAUCGACUCGGGCUGUUAAAUGUCUACGUGCUUUGGUGGUGUUGCCUACCCGUGACUUAGCAAUUCAGGUUAAAGAGGUUUUUUCUGCAAUUGCACCAGCAGUGGGCUUGUCUGUUGGUUUGGCAGUUGGUCAAUCUUCUAUAGCGGAUGAGAUUUCUGAGCUUAUCAAGAAGCCUAAGCUUGAGGCAGGCAUCUGUUAUGACCCCGAAGAUUUUUCGCUUGAGCUACAAAGUUCCGUGGAUAUAUUGGUGGCAACCCCUGGAAGGCUAAUGGACCAUAUUAACUCCACUAAGGGCUUUACCCUUGAGCAUCUGUGUUAUCUUGUGGUUGAUGAAACUGACCGAUUACUAAGGGAAGCAUACCAAUCCUGGCUACCUACCGUACUUCGAUUGACUCGAUCUAGUGAUGAAAGUUUCUACCCUUGUGCUUCGAAUUAUCUUCCUCCUACAUUCAAUUCCUUAAAAACCAUAAGGAGAUUUGGUGUUGAGAGGGGGUUUAAGGGUAAACCUUCCCCCCGGCUCGUGAAGAUGGUGCUAUCUGCAACAUUGACCCAAGAUCCAAGCAAGCUUGCUCAGCUAGAUCUGCAUCACCCUUUAUUUUUGACAACUGGGAAAAGGCGUUAUCAGUUCCCAGAAAAAUUAGAAUCCUACAAAUUGGUUUGUGAAUCAAAACUCAAACCGAUGUAUUUGGUUGCCCUUCUGCAAAAUAUAGGAGAAGAGAAGUCCAUUGUUUUCACAUCAUCUGUAGAAUCAACUCAUCGUCUAUGCACCUUACUAAAUUUUUUUGGCGAUCUACAAAUUAAGAUCAAGGAGUAUUCGGGCCUUCAACGUCAAUCAGUAAGAAGCAAGACAUUGAAGGCAUUCCGGGAAGGGGAGAUACAAGUGCUUGUUUCCUCUGAUGCAAUGACACGUGGAAUGGAUGUUGAAGGCGUUAGAAAUGUCAUUAAUUAUGACAUUCCGGCAUACAUAAAGACAUAUGUUCAUCGGGCUGGUCGAACUGCAAGAGCAGGCCAGAGUGGGCGUUGCUUCACAUUGCUGCGUGAGGAUGAGGUUAGGCGUUUGAAGAAGAUGUUACAAAAAGCUGAUAAUAAAUAUUGUCCUGCUUACUCUAUCCCUUCCAGUUCAAUUGAGUCGCUUCACGGAAUUUACACAUCUGCACUGGAGAAACUAAAGGAGACGGUUGAAUUAGAAACAUCCAGGAAGCGCAAGAUUGGUUUCAAGUCUUCUAGAGAACGUGAAGGAAACAAAACAAACCAUUGAAAGGAAUAAUAGCUUGUGAUCCUCCAACCUUGAAGCUCUGCCACAGCAGAUCCCUUUUUGGUGUUGAAUGGGAAGAGAAUGUCACUCUGCUGAAAGAGUACUCGAGGUUUUGUGAGAUCCAUGAACGAGAAAUGUUUUUCAAGCAUUGAAAAUUUCAAUGGUGUAGUAGAAAAUAUGCGGUAUACACAAUUUGGUAGCAUGACUCUUUUUUUACCACAUUUUGUAAUAUAUAGGUCCUAAUUAAUAUUUGGCUCUGGUGGGAAGAUAUCUACCCCCAUUGGCUCCCAAUCAUUUUGUUGUUCCUUUGGAAAAGCAAUUAAUCCGAUAUAGUUUGCAUGGUAACCCUUCAAAUUUUCAGAUUGCAGGCUGCCUAUACUCCGAUGUAUACAUGUGGUUUUUGAUAGAUAAUAUGUUUCUGUGUUGAUUCAUAUUUGUUUUAGGUCAAGAUUGGCAUUUG